AUGGAGAGGGAGCUGACUGAGGGCAAAGCCAUGCGCUUUCAAAAACACAGCACGAGUGUCGGCGAGAGUUGGGAGUUCCUCACCCCCACGAUCAACAGCUGUAAGUUGCACCUUACAACUGACAAAUCAGUAGGGAGAGCACAAACGAUGACUGACUCUCAAGACCUUGCCAAAGAAACAUCCUUGAAUACUACCCAAACAAUUUAUCAUUCUAACCCAGUUGGUUCUGCGGGAUAUAAUCGCAGCCCUGCACCUGGUUUUCUCUUCACUCAGUUGCCUUUAUCAUCUAAUUUCCAGCAAAUCGACUUGGACAGGCGCUGUCUGGAGGAAUGUCCCCAACUAGACAUGAUGGAAGAACUGCAGCGUCUUAACCUCCAGCACAAUCAAAUCAAAGGGAUCCAGCAUGUGUCAAAUCUGCAGCAGCUUAUUUUCCUGAACUUGCAUGAUAAUCACAUCUCUGAUAUGACUGGCAUUGAAGUUCUAAAGUCUCUCAGGAUUCUCAUGCUGGGAAAAAACAGAAUUCAGAAAAUUUGCUGCCUGGAAAGCCUGUCCAAACUGAAUAUCCUGGAUUUGCAUGGCAAUCAGAUCUGCAGGAUAGAAAACAUGUCUCACCUGCACGAGCUACAAGUGUUGAACCUGUCAGGAAACAGCAUCUCCAGAGUGGAAAACCUGCAGGGCCUGGAGUCUUUGACUGAACUCAACCUACGGCACAACUGCAUCUCUCAUGUGACUGAGGUGGACCGCCUGCCCUGCUUGCAGCGCCUCUUUCUCAGCUGCAACAACAUCACCAGUUUUGAUCAGCUAGCCUGCCUUGGAGAGUCGCGCUCCCUUUCUGAGCUCACCCUGGAUGGGAAUCCUGUAGCCCUGGAGACAUGGUACAAGCAGGCCGUCCUGCGCUGUGUGCUUCAUCUGAGACAGCUGGACAUGAAGCGCAUCACAGACGAGGAUCGGCGCAUGGCAGGUGUACAGGCUCGAAAAGAGGAGGAGAAGAAGAGGGAGAGUCACAAGCAGACCAUUCAUAAGGAGAAGCGGCGUCUGGCAAUCCGUAAUGCAGCACAGCAGUGGGAAGGCGUCAGGGCCUGCCUGGAGCUGCCACCAACGAAUGGCGCCAAAGAAGACGUUAGUCCAGAGAACAGUCCUGCUCACAGCCCCGCCCAGACCAAUGGCCUUGCACAGGAGCCUUCUCCAGAUGAACCGAGACGGAUAAGCCCAGGUUCAGGACCGGAGCGACCAUCAGGGGGAACAGAGAUCCGGCUCCGUACCAACAGUCGUCCAAACAGCCCACGAGAUCCCAAGCUUGUGGAGGCAGGAAGCGGCAGUGUUCAGAGCUUGUCCUUGUCUGACAGUCACCUGGCGGAGCUGGAUGGAGACACCUUGCGUUUAUUCGGACUCGGAGCCCUGGAGGCCCUGGAGAGGGGCUGGGGUGUUCAGACCGCUGGUGCUGUCACUGUAAUAACCUUCCGCUACAUCAACUUUGACGCCAUUGUACCAACACUGCCGCGAAUAAGGGUCAAGUUCCCAAAUCUGUCGCACCUGAUCUUCCUGGAAACCAACAUCAGCCGCCUGCCACAGCUGGCGGCCCUGGCUCAGGUGAGGCGUCUGGACCAGCUGACCAUCCACCCAGAAGGCAACCCAGUGGUCAGUCUGACUCUGUGGCGCUCCUUUGUCAUCUACCGCCUCUACCACUUCAACCUGCAGCGGAUCAAUGGCCAGGAGGUGACCAUGAAUGAUGUGAUUGCUGCAGAGCGUGUGUUUGGAACGCUGGGUCACAUAGCAGCAACUGAAACUCCUCGUUGCCGUCUCCUCCUGCUGCUGGAGGAGUCCAGGAAGCGGCAGCUGCAAUUCCUGCUGGAAGGGCGUGGCCGGAGGGCAGGACUGAGUCCAGAGGAGCUGCGAGAUAAUGGGAAGCUUCUGGGUGAAGGCCUGAGCAGAGCGUUGUUCAACUACCCAAGCAGAGACUGUAGUGCAGAGAGCCCUGAGGAGGGCACUGUGGAGUCGUCGGAGCGUGCUGCCAUGAUAGAGCAGUACCUCCAGGAGCUGGUUCAAAGAGCAUCAGAUACCAAUCUGAAGGGCGAGGCUUUACACAAGCUCUGGCCCUCCAUGUUUGCAGAGAUGGUAAGAGACUGUGUUUUGGAAAUGAGGGACCGAGCGGCCUUCCGCCAAACCAGCCUGGCGAAGCUCUCUGAAACCAAGUGAAAAGGACCAAAGGUUCACUCCUAAACCACACAAACACUGCACAUGUGGACAUAACUUUCCUGGGCACCUAGUUUCUCUCAUUUCAAACUCCAUCUAUAACACAUCACUACUUAGGGAUUUUGUCUGUUUUAAUGUCUUCGGAAACUAAAGGGCGUGUUUCCCCAGUCUGUCGGAAGCUCUUUCUUGAGUUGGAUGUAGACUAUUUUAAAGAUGUCUGAAGAAAUUGUCAUGACAAAGGCAUCUUGACUGAAUGUAGAUUUUCACUGUUUGAUUCUUCAGAGUUUGGAGCUGUAUCAUACUUGAAGAAAGUUAAAGGAACUUGCUGACUCGCAGUGCAUUGUGGUCCCUACGGAGCAUCCUCUGCACUUUAAAAGCCUUCUGAAUGACCCCUCUGCACCAUCACUGUCAUCAGCUGAAAAUGAUCAGUGUCUCUUUUCUUGAGACUAGAAUGAUUUUUCUGUCUUAAAACUUGUGUCAUGCAUCGCUCUCUCUCACUUCUUCCUGCCUGACAAAAAAAGCAAGGGCACAAACAAGGACAAGGUCUUUUCUUUGUUUACCACUGAUUUUCUGUAUUGUACUUAGUAUUAAAAGAU